AAAACUCUUACAUCUUCCGUAUCCAUGCACCGCAAUACAAUAAAUUAUUAAAUUAUUCAAAAUCAAUAAUCAAUGCAUAUGCUCUUACAUCAUUAUAAAAUCUGGGGAAUUAAGCAGUCAUGGUUUUCCAAACAAACAAUCUUCACUACACAAUUCAUUUGCAGUGACAUACUACUGCAUAAUUCAUUUGCCUCUUUUAUAGUAGCCAUGGUUUCCGAAACAACCGAGCUUCACUUCGUCUUGUUUCCCCUAAUGGCUCAAGGCCACAUGAUCCCAAUGAUGGAUAUUUCAAGAUUAUUGGCACAGCGUGGUGCGGUUGUUACCAUAUUCACCACACCAAAAAAUGCAUCACGUUUCAAUUCAGUUCUUUCUCGUGCUGUUUCAUCUGGUCUUCAAAUUCGACUUCUACAACAGCAUUUUCCAGCAAAAGAGGUAGGACUACCCGAAGGGUGUGAGAAUCUGGACAUGAUGACAUCAAUGGAUAUGAUCAACAAAAUGUACAAUGCCAUCAACAUGCUUCAGAAGUCGGCCGAGGAAUUGUUUGAAGCACUAACACCAAAACCAAGUUGCAUAAUCUCUGACCUGUGUUUUCCCUGGACCGCUCAACUAGCUGAAAAGCAUCAUAUUCCAAGGAUUUCUUUCCACGGAUUUUCUUGCUUCUGCCUUCAUUGUAUGCACCAGCUACACAUUAAUUCAGAGGUUUGUGAAAGCAUCAUCUCAGAAUCAGAGUAUUUCACUAUUCCUGAAAUACCUGACCAAAUCCAAGUUACCAAAGAGCAGAUACCUCUGAUGAUUCCGAGAUCAAAUGAAGAAAAAAUAUUUAGCGAGCAGGUACGUGAAGCUGAAAAGAAGUCUUAUGGGGUUAUUAUAAAUACUUUUGAGGAGUUGGAGAAAGCAUAUGUGAGGGAUUUCAAGAAGGUUAAAAAUAAUAAGGCAUGGUUCAUUGGUCCUGUUUCAUUAUGCAACAAAGAUGGUUUGGACAAGAUUGAAAGAGGCAACCAGGCCUCAAUCAGUGAGCACCGUUGCUUGAAGUGGCUAGAUGUGCAACAACCAAAGUCUGUGGUGUAUGUUUGUUUUGGAAGCAUAUGCAACUUGAUUCCUUCACAACUUGUGGAGUUGGCCUUGGCCUUGGAAGAUACAAAAAGGGCAUUUGUAUGGGUUAUUAGGGAGGGAAGGCAGUUCCAAGAACUGGAAAACUGGAUCUCUGAGGAAGGGUUUGAGGAAAGGACGAAAGGGAGAGGCCUUAUAAUUCGAGGUUGGGCACCACAAGUAAUCAUAUUAUCACACCCUUCCAUUGGAGGAUUCUUAACACACUGUGGUUGGAAUUCAACACUUGAAGCGAUAAGCGGUGGAGUGCCACUUGUUACUUGGCCUAUGUUUGGUGAUCAAUUUUUAAACGAGAAGCUUGUUACUCACGUGUUGAAGAUUGGGGUGAGCGUUGGGGCAGAGGUUCCAUUGAAGUGGGGAGAGGGAGAGGAAGAGAAGAGAGGUGUGAUGGUGAAGAAGGAUGAUAUUAAGAAGGGAAUAUGCAUGGUGAUGGAUGAAGAUGGAGAAGAAAGCAAAGAGAGAAGAGAAAGGUUAAUCAAAAUGAGUGAAAUGGCAAACAGAGCUGUUCAAGAAGAAGGCUCUUCUCAUCUUGCCCUCACUUCUCUUAUCCAACACAUCAUGCAACAAUCAGGAUAAAAAUUUUACUUUAGUUUUUCAUCAAUCUGUGUUUCUUUGUGUUGUAUGUUAAGGGAGCAAAGACAUUAUGUAUGUGAUAAGGCUUUUUCGUUUA